AUGCCCGAAGGCGACAGAGAUCAACGUACCCAAUUUGCGCGAUCCCCUCAAGCAGUAUCGGGGGACACUGGUAGUCGGCCUUUUGACUCGGGCCCAUCUACUAGGGGACUCGAGACAGGUGACACAGUAACAGUGAACAGUGGUCGGCAUGCGACGGCUUGCUUCGCCUGUCGCGCAGCAAGACAACGAUGUGAUCGAUAUACGCCUUGCAUUCGAUGUGUCUCUAAUGGCCGCGUGUGUGAUUAUCCCACACGGUCAAAUAGGGGUCGAAAAGAAGGCAGCACCAACAAACCAGACACCGUGGAAAAGCUACUCGCUCGAAUAAACCAGAGCAGUGUCCGGGAGCAAGUGAUUGCAGCUCUUCUCAAACCUAGUAGUGCACACCCAAACGCCUCGUUGACCAGCCUAGGUUCUCAUUUAACACCCCCAAACUCUGAGCAAAUCAGACCCAAUGACACGGCAACGGUUUCUCCGGUUUCUGGGCCUACUUCUGGGGCAGAUAGCAGCUCAGAAAUAAAUGCUGUGUUCGACCCAGCCCAAGCCCCAUGUAUAACCCGAGUUAAGAGGGAGGGUUCUGUUGUGUCGCCGCUCCAUAUCAUGGCUUCAACUUUUACAGAAGAGAUGUCCAAGUCGAAUCAAGAAACCACAAUAUCUGCACGGUCUCAAACUUCAUGUAACGUCAGUCCUGACAGCUGGUCAAGGAGAGAUCGAUUAUUGGAGUACUUCGAGCCUAGAAUUCCUUACCAAAAAGACUGGCAAGUAUUGGCUUCUCAGUCAAUCAACAGUACUUUGAAGCUCGAGCCAACAGCCUGCGACCCUCUCAGAGCACGACUUGUGGACCAGAGCGACGUGGAGCUGUAUUUUGAGCUUUUCUUCAAGUUCCGUAACCCUUUCGUGGGUUUGUUAGAUCCUGCCCUUCACACCUCAGAAUACGUGUACUCUGCGUCGUUUACUCUGUUUUCUGUCAUUUGCGCCUUGGGUUGCGCUAUUUCAGUAAGACCUAGGGACCGAAUUCUCUACUCAGCUCUCUUAUCUCUCGCUGAAACGAAUGUCAUGUGGUCUAUCGCCGCCUCCGUAAAGUCUCUCGAAGUAAUCCAGGCUAUUAUCAAUAUGAAAUACUGGGCGCCGGUCCAUCAAAGGCAGACGGACGAUCCCUACUGGCUACAUUUAAGCCAUGCCGCACAGCUCGCAAGGGAACUAGGUAUUCACACCUCAACCGGUGUAUCCAGCCAGAUCAGCACCGUCGCACCCGGUGCGGCCGCCCAUGUCAAGGAACGUCUCCAAAGAAACUUUGAGAGGACAUGGCUUCAUGUCUGCAUUGCUGAUAAGAGUUUUGGUAUUAUCACUGGCCGAUCUAUGGGCGUUGCAUGGAACGAGCUCCCUACGAAUUCCUGCCAGUGGUGGCGGAAGCCGAUGACCACUACGCUAGAUCGGAUGAUAAGCGGGGUCAUGGAGAUACGCAUACAGCUGUUGACAGAGCUGAAACGAUUGGAACGCCUUCGAAGGACCGUCGAAUGUGUUGUGGUCUGGCAUUCACAAGCAUUGGACACCUUGGAGCGUACGCGGAAUAUCAGGUGCUAUCCGGACGGCCCACAGUCAGCACCAAACUUCCCGAUCCUUGCCUUUUAUAUAGACCACAGUAUCAUGGUUCUCAACACCCAGGCUUUAAGAGAAUUGGCUGCUACAGAGGAGGCAGAGAAGUCGACUGAGUUGGAGAAGCUGUCACGCAAAGCUUUUGAUGUUGCGAUGAGGCUCCUUGACCUUGCGCACACAAACCCUUUGAUCCGUGAGCUCAAGUUUGGAUGGCAGAAUAAUCAGUUCAUCAUGGUUGCACAUGCAAUGACGGAAAUUAUACAAGCUAUCAGGCGUGAUAACCUACCGUUCAAUGACGUUGUGGAAGCUACAUCCAGAGUUCAUGCCGUCUCAGAACAUCUGGAGGGGAUUGCAGAGGAGUCACCAGCUACAUCUGCUGCACAUAUAUAUGCCUCUCUCACGCGCAUGUUCAUCUCCAGGUUAAACACCACCAACGUUGAGGACGGAGACGCACCACAAGGGCCAAAUAUUGACGCAAAUAUUUCGGUGCCGGGUUGGCUAAGAGGUUCCGAAGCUGGCUCGCUCGACCCGGCCGCUUGGUUUCAAAUGGGAUUUCUGAACACUGAUGAUUCAGGUCUUGAUCUUGGGGAUAUUUAUGAUGUGGUGAACAUGGGAGAUUUGACGUUUGCCCCAUCCGCGGAACCAUAG